UCCAAUUGAGGGUGAAAGAUAUUAUCUUCGCAUGCUACUCCAACAUGUAAGAGCUCCAACAUCGUUCACCAGUCUAGAACUUGUGGAUGGUUAUACAACGUCCACAUUUCGAGAAAGUGCAGAGAGAAUGGGGCUUCUAACAGGAAAUGCUACAGCUGAUGUUUGCCUUGAAGAGGCUGUGAUGUAUCAAAGGCCCAGUAGCUUGCGGAAAUUAUUUGCGACAAUAUUGGUGUUUUGUGACAUUCCAAAUCCAAGAGAGUUAUGGGCUAAAUACAAAACGUAUCUAUAUGAAGAUUUUUCGCAGGUACACAUCUACACUCCAUUGGAAAUGGAAACAAUGACACUAAAACUUAUUGGAGAUAUUACUGAAGCACUUGGAAAAAGUAUUCUCACAUUCAACCUAACAGACUGUGCCAUACCCUUAACAGCUGCUAAAAUUCAGGCACGAGAAUUAAGAUCAGAAUUCAACAUAAAUAUAAGCGAGCAAGACCUUCAAUGCGCUCAGAUUCUCAAUAGCGGACAACAGAUUGCAUUUGACUCUAUUAUGAAGAGUGUGACAUCCAACAAACCAACAGUGUUUUUUGUAGAUGGCCCUAGUAGCACCGGGAAAACAUUUUUGUAUAGAGCGUUACUUGCAACAAUUCGGAGCAAAAAAUGGAUAGCUUUAGCUACUGCAACAUCAGAAGUCCAAGGGUGCGAAAUUCAGCAGACACUGCAAUCAGGCAUUUAUCCCACAAUAAUUGCAAGGAGGAUAACAUCAACAUCUUUCAAAGGGCUAUCACUAACAACACGAUCUGAUUCGUCAAUCGAGCUGAACCCAGUCAUAUCACUUACAUCAAGUUUGGAUGAAUGGAAGUCUUCAAAUACAUCUGUCAUAGAGCACGCCAUUGAGACGAAAAAAUGGCUGGACCCCUUAUCUCUGUUUGCAAAGCCUGAAGAUAUUCAAACAACACCAAUCUCUGAAGUGGCACGAACAACAAAUGAGGGAGACAUCCACUGGGUUGAAGGACAGUUGCAGGUCUUAGAAACUGGAGACAUUACAUUCUACAUUGGUUGCAGCAGUUGCAACAGAAAAUUGGACUACAUAGAAGGAAUCAAUUUCAAAUGCAUGUUGUGUGGUGACCNUUCCUCUUUACCACGAAAGAACCUGAAUCUAUUUUGCAAUCCGUGCUUUCACCUUAUGAAUACAUAUGUCUAAUCUAGUUUACAAAUCAUUACAGAUUCAGAAUUCUGUCCGAAAUAAAAGAUGCAAUUAGUUCUCUACAAGUAACACUUUUCACCGACACACUUGAAAAGAUUGUACGAGCACUUGAAUUGAAUACACCAAUGGAGUUGCUAAAAUGCGGGGA